AGUUUGCAAUGCACAAUACUGGUCAUUCAACUGACAUCUCAACUGAGUAGACAUCCAUUGCAGGAAAUCAACUUUUUGUGGUUCUUGACAAAGGCUUAAAACGUGUCUCGUUCCUGUUUAUUAGAGAAAAUAAUUAUACCAUUUUAUUUUUCCUUCAGAGGUCUACCUGAAAACAAGUUGAGUUUCACUGCAAGAAGAGGAAGACCAAAAGCUUAAAACACUGUGCAAGUCUUCGCUUUUGCAACAGGGAACAAGAUGGAGAAGAUGAAAGACAGUAAUAAGAGGAAGCAGGUGACGUGUUGCCUCAUGUUCUGCGUGUCCACGGCUGUGAUUGGCUCACUGCAGUUCGGCUACAACACAGGAGUCAUCAAUGCACCUGAUAAGAAAGUGAAGGACUUCUUUAGAAAUGUGACUCUGGUGCGCACUGGAGAGCCCAUGCACGCUUCCACUGUUACGACUCUGUGGAGUGUUGCUGUUUCUAUUUUCAGUGUGGGGGGCAUGAUCGGGUCUCUCUGUGUUGGUGUUCUGGUUAACAAGCUUGGGAGACGGAAGUCCAUGCUGCUGUCCAACAUCCUGGCUCUGAUUGGUGGAGGGAUGAUGGGUUUAUCCAACGUCUGCAACUCCCAUGAGAUGAUGAUAUUUGGUCGUCUGGUGAUUGGUGUGUUCUGUGGCCUGUGUACGGGUCUGACACCCAUGUAUGUGGGUGAGAUUGCUCCAACAGCACUGCGAGGAGCUUUUGGUACCCUUCACCAGCUUGGGGUGGUCAUCGGCAUCUUGGUUGCACAGAUCUUUGGUUUGGAGUCAUUGCUGGGGUCUCAGGAUUUGUGGCCUAUAUUGCUGGCUUUGACUGUCCUGCCUGCAGUGCUACAGAGUGUUAUGCUGAUUUUCUGUCCAGAGAGCCCUCGCUACCUGCUUAUGAAUUUGAACCAGGAGGAGGAGGCGCGCCAAGUGCUGACGCGUCUUUGUGGGCAUUCAGAUGUGGAGGAUGACAUUCGUGAGAUGAAGGAAGAGGCCAUGAAAAUGGCCAUGGAGAAGAAGGUGUCUAUUCCAGAACUGUUCCGUAACCCCACCUACCAACAACCCAUUAUUAUAGCUAUAAUCCUGCAGCUGUCCCAACAACUGUCCGGCAUCAAUGCUGUAUUUUAUUAUUCAACAGAGAUUUUCCGAAGUGCAGGCAUCACUGGGCCUGUCUAUGUCACGAUUGGGGCGGGUGCGGUCAACACUGUCUUCACCGUAGUUUCUCUCUUCCUGGUGGAGCGGGCAGGGAGAAGAACUCUUCAUAUGAUUGGACUAGCUGGAAUGGCUGCCUGCGCUCUGCUCAUGACCAUUUCUCUUAAACUGGUGAAACCUGAAAGAACAGCAAUGGAAGAUGGUGCUGGACUGCUUCAGAACAGCACUGCUGUAUUAACAUCUGAAGGGGGAACUUCAGCAAUCAGCAUUCUAGCCAUUGCAGCAGUGUUUGGAUUUGUGGCUAGUUUUGAGAUGGGACCUGGACCAAUCCCAUGGUUCAUAGUGGCAGAGUUAUUCGCUCAGGGUCCCCGGCCUGCAGCCAUUGCUGUGGCAGGAUGCUCCAACUGGACCGCCAACUUUCUUGUUGGACUGCUUUUCCCACUACUACUGGAACUGUGUGGUCCGUACGUGUUUAUCAUAUUCUUUAUCCUCCUCAUCAUCUUCUUCGUGUUUACGUAUUUCCGGGUUCCUGAGACCAAGGGCCGCACCUUUGAAGACAUUGCCAGUGGAUUUGCCAGUGCUGCAGGCUCUAAUGCUGCAAGCUACUCUUCUCCAGAGGGUGCUGUCCAUCUGCCAGUAUCCCCGUCAUCAGAGAAGUUUCAGAUGACUGAGUUACCUGGACAGGAGACAGGAAAAAGUGGAACAAACACAUAGAGAAAACCCCUUAACCUAUCCACAAUAUAAACCUGACCUACUGUACAGCAGAGGGUAGAGAACAGAGGCAGCUAACUAUUCGGCAUUGUUAAAAAAAAAAAAAAAAUCUCCAGCAGGGACAUUGUGUAAAGUACAGGGUAAUAAUCAUAUCAGGCAGAUCAUGUAGAUUCCCAACAGUACGCACCCUUUGCAUUGAAUUACCUCAUGGAGUAUGCAAAACUUAUUUAUCUUUUUACAGAUUUGUCUGUAUUGUGUUUUAUUGGUAAAUAACAUUUUACAUGACUAAUUAUAACAGUCGUAAAUAGUUGUUUUACUGUAAUAAUAGCAUUUCUGUUGUCAGUUAGUAAAUAUUGUCAAAACUGA